AUUAUUUAAAUACACAUAACUUAGCAAACUAACGCUACAUAACAAACUACUUCACUUGAAUUCAAACUGACCGGGAAAAAUUAAAUUUGCGACAUUUGUUGCGACAGUACGCUGCCAAUCAAUCGUUGACUGUAGUUUUUCGCUGAGCGUUUGAACUUGAAUUUGUACGCAAUCCGUCACCAUAAAGACUACAGUACAUCUUAACAUCCGCCCUCCUAAAACGACCACCUCCAACCCGAAAACCGGUAUCAUUUUCUUCCAUACAGCCUUUCUAUAAGGUGCUCAUCUGCAAUUAAAGCCUCUGCAGCUCUCAUAACAGGAGUGGGAAUGUUUUCCUUUCCCUUGACUUGUGUUUUUGCAGACAGUGAGAUACGGUUAUAGCAGACUCAAGGCCAUCGUCUUCAGCAGCCAUGCCACGUAUUGAAAAUGAUAUCAAGCUCGACUUCAAGGACGUGCUGCUUCGACCCAAAAGAAGCACUCUCAAAUCUCGCAGUGAGGUGGAUCUCAUGCACAGUUUUACCUUCAGAAACUCAAAGGGAAGUUACCGUGGCAUUCCCAUCAUAGCCGCCAACAUGGACACCGUGGGAACUUUUGAAAUGGCCUCGGCCUUACAUCAGUUUAGUCUCUUUACAGCCAUCCAUAAGCAUUAUUGUGUGGAUGACUGGAAGGAGUUUGCAUCCAAACACCCAGAAUGCUUACAAAGUGUAGCAGUCAGCUCGGGGACCAGUGAUGGGGACUUUGAGAAACUGGGGGCCAUUCUGGCCGCUGUACCUCAGAUUCAGUACAUAUGUGUGGAUGUGGCCAAUGGCUACUCUGAGCACUUUGUCAACUUCGUGAAAGACGUGAGGCAGAAGUUCCCUACACACACUAUCACGGCUGGCAAUGUGGUCACGGGAGAAAUGGUCGAAGAGCUGAUUCUUGCUGGUGCUGACAUCAUCAAAGUGGGGAUUGGACCAGGUUCUGUGUGCACCACUCGUAAGAAGACCGGUGUGGGUUAUCCUCAGCUGAGCGCAGUCAUUGAAUGUGCUGACGCUGCACAUGGCCUGGGUGGACACAUUAUAUCUGAUGGGGGAUGCACCUGUCCAGGUGAUGUCUCCAAAGCAUUUGGAGCUGGAGCUGACUUUGUGAUGCUGGGAGGAAUGCUUGCUGGUCAUUCUGAGAGUGGGGGUGAAAUCAUUGAGAAAAACGGCAAGAAGUACAAACUGUUCUACGGCAUGAGCUCAGACACGGCCAUGAAGAAGCACGCAGGAGGUGUAGCAGAGUACAGGGCGUCGGAGGGUAAAACGGUUGAAGUGCCUUACAAAGGGCCUGUGGAGGCGACGGUGAGAGAUGUGCUGGGUGGAGUUCGUUCCACCUGCACAUACGUGGGUGCUGCUAAACUUAAAGAGUUGAGUCGUCGUACCACCUUCAUUAGGGUGACCCAACAGCUCAACACAGUAUUUGGUAAUGACAAUUAAGCCAGUCUACCCAGGUCCAUAUUUGGCCAAAUUAUGCCAAAUCCAUGCAAAGUUCAUUUUAUUCUUUCUCUGCAGUCAGAUGCACACAUAUGCAUAUUCACUGACAAACACACAUACACCUCAUAUUAUCAUUUAGCAUUGUAACGAGCAUUUUUGGGCUCGCACCUAAGCUUUUGAAUUCAAAGGCUUUCCCCAGAUGCUGUAUUAAGGCCUAAAGCAACUGCAUGGCCUUUCAUUUUUUGAUUUAUCACUAUUUGAAAACUUCUAAUUUCGGAAAUAACUGUUGAGCUUUUAAGGACACUGUAAUACCGACUUAGUCUUAUACUAUAUUGUAGUAACAGAUGAGAACAUACAUUUGAUUUAACUUAUUACACUGUACUGAUAGUGUAUGUUUUGUGAAGGUAAUGUUUUAGUUCAUAGCCUUAAAAUCUUGAGUUUGUUUUCUGUUCAUUUAUUUAAACAACCUCGGUUAGAGCCUUAUAUUUUUUCCAGAAAAUGUGGGUACUAUUUUAGACUUUGUUGUAGAUUUUAGCUCAAUGUCUGUGCCUAAUGUCUUAUAUUUAUAUUAGAUUUUCUGAUAACAUUCUGUUUCUUCAUUCUGUUCACUGGACCAAUGCAGAUCCUUGAAAGGAUUAUUAAAGUAUAAGCGGUCUGUUAUACAAUAUGCUAAAGACCUCCGUUAUGAUUAUGAACAACUAUUAUAAUAUAAAGAAUAUAUCUGAAGACCAAGAAAGGGUAUUUUUUAACCCUUUUAAUGGAUUCUCCUGUGUUUGUAUGUAACAAAUGCAGUGGUAUUACACAAUCUUUUGACAUCUUAAUCAGUUCCUGUAAAAGUAUUGGCAUGAUUUUAUGCGUUUUCUACUUGACCCUUAAUUAACCUUAAUAAUUUUUUUAAAUUAAUUUCAUACUUUUGACAUUCCAUCACAUUUGUGUCCUUAUUGAUUGCGAUUUAAAGUUGCUGCUGGAGUCGAUAUGAAUGAGUGUUGAAGAAAUAUAUUUUUCCCCACUUGCAUAAUUUGCUGAAAACCAAAUGAUCCCUCUGUUGGCUUAUAAGUAGACGGUUUAAUUUGAUCCAUAUUGAUAUUUAUCUUUAUUACAUGCUGUUAAAUCAAUUUUAAUCUUUAUAUUUUACUGCAAUUCAAAUUAUUUCAGAUGUUUAAUUGUUAACAUCCCUGUAUUGUAUUGUGAAAAUAAAUCAUUUAGUGAAUCUCUAAA